ACUGCUUCUGCGUAAAAGUUGAGAAAAGCUUCAAAACAAUGAAUAUUUAUCACGUCAACAGAGAUGGAAUCUUCAUCUUAUUUGUAUGCUUGAAUAUCCUACAGCUGUCUUCAUGCAUCAAAGUGAAUGAAGAACUGAGCAGAUUUUUCACUGAUCUCUACAACGCAGAUGAAAAUGCAGCUGAAGUUGGUAAGGAUUAUCAGCUAAAUAUACAAGGAAAUGUAGCUAAAGGGAUGGAAUCACAAGACAAUGCUCCAAUGCCGCUGUUCAAGUUCGUUAACGAAGAUCUGAUUAAGAAGAGACCAACAUAUUCAAAGUUCAUUGCCCUGCUGGACAACUACAUUCCUGAAGUUGGUGUAGCUGAAACCGUCACACCACAGCAAUCAAAAGAAGAAGAGGAAUUUAUUCAGGAGUUAUUAAAGACAAAUAUCAUGCAGCGAACAUACGAUUUUCUUAAACAGAGAGGAAAAUUUUCUGGAGAUCUAAAUAGUUUUGGAAAGUUCUUGAAAAAUCUUUGGUUUAAGAGGUAUAGUAGGACUGGGAAAAGUAAGAAUGAUUCAUCCGCCUUUGAACAUAUAUUUGUUGGUGAACACAAAGGAUCCAAUGUACUUGGAUUACACAAUUGGAUCCAGUUUUAUCAAAAAGAAAAGAAUCAACAGAUAAAUUAUUCGGGAUGGAAACUAAAAUCAUGUGAAGACCGACUUCUCAGUGUAACAUUUGUCGAUAGAAACAAGCAUACAAAGCCAAUGGGAAGCAUUUUUAUCGGUUCAUCUCCAGAAUUUGAAAUUGCUGUCUAUACAGUUGUUUUUACGUUAUAUGCCAAAUCUGUAACUGAUGUAAGAAUAGCUGGGUGUAAAGUACGCAUAACUUGUUAUGAUUUAUCAUCCAGCUACAUGGGUACCUGUUAUAUGGGAUAGAUAACGGCAGCUAUGUGGUUCUAAAUGAAAAUAUUUACAUAAUUCGAUAUGAUGUGAUGCUAUGUAACCAUAUAUUUAAAUAAAUAUUCUUUAUUCCA